ACAGUGUUCAAGCAGGAGGUUGAAAUUGUUCUCACUGCUCAUCCCACUCAAAUUAACCAUCGUACCUUGCAAUAUAAACACCUUAAAAUUGCUCAUCUUUUGGAUUAUAAUGAUUGACCUGAUCUUAGCCCUGAAGAUCGAGAUAUGUGGAUUGAAGAUCUGGUGGGAGAGAAAACUUCAAUAUGGCAGACAGAUGAACUUAGGCGUUCAAAACCCACUCCAGUUGAUGAAGCUAGGGCAGCACACAGGAAAACCACUUCCAUUGACUUGCACUCCAAUAAAAUUUGGAUCUUGGAUGGGAGGUGAUAGAGACGGAAACCCAAAUGUGACAGCAAAGGUCACAAAAGAUGUUUCACUUCUGUCAAGAUGGAUGGCGAUUGACCUCUACAUUCGGGAAGUGGAUGGCCUAAGAUUUGAGCUAUCCAUGAACCAGUGCAGUGAUAAGUUGUCAGAACUGGCACAUGAAAUUCUAAAAGGCAUUGUCCUCUUGGCUUGGAAAUUCCUUUAAAAAUUAUCCUGACGUAUCUCUUUUGUGGCCUAAUUUUCAGUAGACAACCCAAUCACAAGGUAGAUCAAUUCAGUAGAUUUCCUAAUUUUCCAUUGAAUCCUAG